UCAGUCUAAUGUUUGUUCGGGACGGUCAAUAGCUGAACUCGGCCAACAUUAAAUCAUCAUCAAACUCAAUUAUCAGUAAAACAUCAUGUCUGUGGCUUUCGCACCGCACCGGCAGCGCACUAAAGCCGACAUAACGCCCGCAGGAAUUCAGAAGUUACUGGAUGAAAACAAUCAGUUGAUUCAGUGCAUCAUGGACUUUCAAAGUAAAGGAAAAACAGCUGAAUGUUCACACUACCAGCAGAUGCUGCACAGAAAUCUGGUGUAUCUGGCCACAAUAGCAGACUCGAAUCAAAAUAUGCAGUCUCUGCUGCCUGCGCCACCCACUCAGAACAUUACCAUGAAUCAAAGUGGGGCUCCUUCACAGCCCCCUCACGGUCACAGUAUGCCCCCAGACGGGCCACCGGCCCCACACAUGCAGAACCAGAUGAAUGGACAGAUACCUGGUCCUAAUCAUAUGUCCAUACAGGGCCCUGGCCCCAAUCAGACGCCCAGCAUUCCCAGCAGCUCCAUGAACAUGCCGUCAAGCAGCCAUGGCCCCAUGGGGGUGUAUAACCACACUGCACCCUCCUCACAAAGCAUGCAGUCACAGGGACAGAUGAACAUGAGUCAAGGGCAACCCAUGGGCAGUUAUGCCCCUCGGGCCAACAUGAACAUGCAGCCCAAUCAGGGGCCUAUAAUGCACCAGCAGGCUCCAUCUCAACAGUACAACAUGCCCCCUGCAAGUGGCGGCGGACAGCAUUACCAGGGUCAGCAGAACCCCAUGGGCAUGAUGGGUCAGGGCAAUCAUGUGAUGGGACAGAGACCAAUGCCGCCCUACAGACCACCACAUCAAGGACCUCCUCAGCAGUACCCUGGUCAGGAUGACUACUACGCAGAACAAUACAGUCAUGGAGGACAGGGGGCGCCAGAGGGAAACUCUCAGUAUGGUCAGCAACAGGAGGCGUAUCAGCAGGGUCCAGCGCAGCAGCAGGGUUACCCACCACAACAGCAGUAUACAGCACAGCAGGGUUAUUCUGGACAACAACAGGGAUACGGUUCGUCUCAGGGUGCUCCAGGUCAGUACCCAAACUACCCCCAGAGUCAAGGGCAGCAGUAUUCAGCCUACAGACCACCACAGCCCGGACCACCACAAGGACAGCCACAGCGCCCCUAUGCAUUUGACCAGGGUCAGUAUGGAAACUACCAGCAGUAAAUUCCCAGUGCUUGACUUCCAGUCUGAGUGUUUCCUGUCGUGUGUGGUGUGUGACCUGACGAAGGGCUCGUGCUCUCUCUUAAUCUCCCUGUACAUCACCCGUGAAGAGAGGACUCAUCCCUGUGUUCUUAAUGCAGUGAUUGGCUUGAAUAUCAGCACAGAUGGUCUAAACGUGACACAUCUGCCAAACUCAUUUUGCAGCAUUAGGAAAGUCAAAUUUCAUUUCCUGUCAACUUUUAUCUGCAGUUUUGAGUUGUACAGAGUAGCCAUGCCUUAAAUGAUACAUCUGCCUUAUUUACAGUAAAAGCAGUGAAAAUAACACAGACACACACAACGAUGAUGGUUUCUCCAUCUCUCUGUAAUACUGUUCACCAUGUGAUCCCCAAGCCCCUUCUGCAAAUAUCAGAUGAGCAAUAAUGCUGAGGGCUACUGAAUGACAUUUUCAAACUUUGCUGUGUUUAAAAGUAUUUCAUGCUUUAUGAAGUCGAGCUCAGACUGAGUCCAGGUGUUGUCCUGUCUUUAAUGCCGGUGUUUGGCUGGGAAGUUGGAUUGAUGAAAACAUCUGGUACUGUAAUGACUGUUUGUCAAUCAUGAAAAUACUGCUUUGUGUCAAAUGUGAGUUUUGUGUAGAAAUAAUCUUUAAAAGUGAAGUCUCAUUGACAUUGUCAGACUUUGUAUCAGUU